CCAUAGCAUUGGGCCUGUGUAAACACUGUUAUUUAACUUGAUCCAACUGCGUUUCCGACAAGUUGCCGGGCACAACGAUCAAGAGUUAAUGACGCACCGGUGACUGAUGAAACCAAAGUAACCCUGGAUUUCUCGUAUUUCUAAUGGGGUCCAGACAAAGCGAUGAGAGGUCAAGGCAAGAUUUGGGUUCUAGCAAUGCCGGGUCUAGAGCUAGGGGCAGAGACGAGUCGGAAAUGGACUACGCGGAACUGUUGGCGUAUUUAAUGCGAAGUGGUCAGAUUCGACUGAUUUCCUCUGGACCUGACUUGGAUUUUGGAGACAGCGAUGAUGAUUCACUCAUAGAAUGCUGUCCUCAAGCCGACCUCAAUCCAGACACGAGAGCCAUCGAUGUGAGUGAUUUGAAACAAGAGAUGCUGUUUAGAGCAGGGAUGAAUCACAGUGGGGCACUGCCAAAGGUAACACCAGUCUCCAUCAUGCUGAGCAAGAGAGCCAUUGGAAAAUGUUGCGGCCUUGGUACCUUUUCCAGAGGCGACCGCUCUUUGGUAUCAGAGAGCUUCUUACCCAACUCCAUGCGGACAGUGGCCCAGUACUGCACCAAGGCCUUCUGCGGCAACUACUCCAAAGAUGGCUCUGUCUUCCUCUCGGCAUGCCAGGACCAAACGCUGAGGAUCUACGACACCACCAAUGGCCAAUUCAUGAAAUUCAAAGAGAUCAAGGCACGGAAUGUCGGAUGGAGUAUACUGGACACGGCUUUCAGCCCUGAUGGGAAUUACCUCAUCUACUCCAGCUGGUCAGAGUACAUUCACUUAUGCAAUGUGCGAGGAGAUUUCCAGACCCACGUGGCGUUGGACAUGGAACCAGGUGAUGGCCAUUUCUGUCCUUUUUCGGUACAAUUCUCCAGCAACAACAGAGAAAUCUUGGCCGGUGCGAAUGAUGGUUUCUUAUAUAUAUUUGACAGAGAGAUCAAUAAACGAACAAUGAGGAUAGAUGCUCAUGAAGAUGACAUCAACUCUGUCCGGUUUGCUGACGAGUCCUCGCAGAUCCUCUUCUCCGGCGGGGACGAUGGACUGUGUAAGGUGUGGGACCGUAGGAUGCUGAGCGACACACAGUGUGACCCGGUGGGCAUGCUGGCGGGGCACACGGACGGGAUCACGUGCGUGGACUCCAAGGGUGAUGGACGACACCUCAUCACCAACUCCAAGGACCAGAGUGUCAAGCUGUGGGAUCUCAGGGUCUUCUCUCCUGCCUCGGCAGUCGCCAACUGCAAGAGGGCUGUUGCUGGUCAGCACUGGGACUAUCGCUGGCAGCAGGUGCCCAGGCGAUCAAGAAGAAAAAAUAUCAUCAAGGGAGACACGUCUCUGUUGACCUAUCGAGGUCAUGGUGUCCUCCACACCUGCAUCCGCUGUCAUUUCUCCCCGAUGUUCACAACUGACCAGAAAUACAUCUACUGUGGUUGUGCAACAGGAGGGGUUGUCAUUUAUGAUGUCUUGACCGGGAAGAUUGUGAGGAAGCUGGACGGUCAUCGAGGAUGUGUCCGCGACGUCUCAUGGCAUCCUUAUGAAAAUAACAUCAUCAGUUCAUCGUGGGAUGGAAGUCACGGUUUCUGGGAGUACAAACGAGAUGGGCUUCGGGAUUGGCAACACGACGACUUUCACGAGGAUUCAGAGGAUUCCAGCAACGACGAGGAUGAUAUCUUCCAUACCCUGCGGAAAGCACGCAGGGCGCGUCAUUACCAACAGCCGACAGCAAUCUCAUGAUGCAAAGGCUAAUGCACUGUCAAAAGAUUUGAUUGUCAGAGGACUGUUUGUGAAUCUAACCAACCUGUCUAGCAAAUGCUUUCAAAGUCCAACCAAUCACUACUGUAAGAAAUGUCAAGUAAUCAGGCCUUUUAUGCAACAGUAACUUGAAAAGAAGUAUCUCAGCUGUAUACUUCAGUUAAACCUCGGCAGGAAGAAGCAGUAAGUGGCAAAGUGUCUUGUUUGGCAACGCAUGCUCUAUACCCCAACAAGCUUGACUCCAAUCCUUAAUCUGCAGGAUUUACCCACAUAAUCUUGGGUUCACUUCACCAAACCCCAAGGCCAUUAGCCCUCCAUUAAAAUGUCAGUAUGAUGGUUUGAUUUGCCAUCAAACUGUAAUACAAACUGGCUUUGUUCCGAGUAGUUGUAUCCACAGUCCAUAUCAAGGUCUUUAUAAGUUUAGAAAUUAGUUUGCUAAAUUAGGUGAAAUUUUAGACAUUCGAGUUAUUAUUAGCCCGGCUCAUUUCAAUGGGACUCCUCGUGCUGUUGCUUCUUGUUUGUAUUCAAACGGCAGUAAUUUCCAGCACUAAUAUUAUUUUCAAAAAGUUGACAGCAUAAUCAAAAUAACUUUCUGUAAAGGUCUGUACUGUAGCAAAAGUUCAACUUUCUGGUGGUUAUCUAAAUCAAGUUAAAGUGACAAAGUAAUGGAAUGAUAAGCGUGCAGUGUUUCAUCAAAUCAAAUUUACAUACAUUUCAGUACAGGAUGAGCAGUUGGGAUAUAUAUUGGUGUUGUGGCGUUCACUGCCUUUGACUUUUUUUUUUCCUUUAAUCACAAGUUUUGUAGUGAAUUAUGUUCCCUCUGCACUAGGUCCAGUUCCAGCAUUUAUCAAAGAUAAGUUAGACCAACUGAUCAUUGCCCUUGCCGAAUGUAGAGGCCCACUCAAAGACACAACUUUGCUUCGUGCAGUUUUGUGCACAUUCUGCCAAAAGUAAUCCAUGUACCCUUUAUGUUUCAGGCACAAAUGAGCACCCGCAUUGUGUUGUGGCCAUGUUAAAUGAGACUGUUAUUUUAAAGCUGGGUUGCAGGUGUGGAUUUUGUUCCUCCCAUAUUCUUUGCCUAUGAAAAGGUGUUUUCCCAUGGUAAGUUUUGCGGCAGUGUUAUUUUUGCAGAGAGCACUGUACACCUCGUUUGGGACUCUGUUGACGGCGGAGCAUGUCACCUUCUGUGGCAGAUCUCUUACAAGUGAUCACUCUCAAGUGAUGUUUUUAAAUUUUGAUUAUUUUGUGUGUAUACAUGUUUAUGAUCAAUUGAUCAUGGUAGUGAGCAGACAAGUUGAAGGCUGCCUGUUUAACCCCACUGUUUUUUGCCAAUCAAUUACCUGACACCUGCUUUAGAAAUCAAUUUAGAAAGGCAUCUUGAAAACUUCUUUGACUGUUGCAUUUAUUCCAGCAUGAAGAUACAGGCAUGUACGCUUCAAAUUAACAUCAGAAGAAUAAUCCAAUCUUUCAGUUGGUCUGAAGGAAAUUAUAGACAUCAAAAUUCCCUUGCAAUUUUGAAUAGAACCCUCCACCUGUCUUUAUGAACAAACCUCCAUGAUUAAAACCUGCAAUUGCAUUGCAAUCAGUACACUUUUAUAAAUAAGCCUAGAUUAUAAUUGUUCUCUCCUUCAUUGUAGGUAGAUCAAUGUAAAAGGUAGAUCUAUCUUGUUCCUUGUACAGUAACUUCUUGAUUUUUAUACAUAUAGUGACAAAAUAUUUCAGAACUAUUUAUGGCCAGAUUUAACAAAAUGAAUCUUAAGGCCAUAAGUUUGGUAAUGCGGGCGUUUUACAAUACUGCGCCUCCAAGAGUUUGCAAUGCAUUGGCCAAUCACAGUGCGCAAAAUCUGUGGACCCAAUGCGCGUUUGGAAAAU